AGUAGUAUAUCCAAUGGAUAUUAUGUAUUAAGCUAGCACCCAUAACACAAGCAUUUUAGUUGCUUACUUUGAAACUAGAUGGCGCUGCGUGAUAUUAUUCAAAGAAAGAAAGAAAGAAAGAAAGAUAGUAUGUUUAAGAAAUAAUCUAAAGUAUGUAACAAGAAAAAUAUCCUAAUAUGAAAAAAAAAUCAUCAUUUUUUUACGCCGACUGUACCUACACUGAUUAUGCGGACGUCUGAGUAAAUUGAAACUUUUGUUUUUCACAAAUGUUAAUGUUAAUCAGCAAUAACAUUUUGUAAUUGCUGAUUCUAUAAAAAAUUUUGGCCAGUGAUCGUAAACCCUGUGUUUGAAGGUUACUUUUGUAAUUAUACAUUAUAUUUUACCCGUUAACUAAGCGGUACAAAUGGAAAAAAUGUUGACUACCUCUUUUGCUGAUCUUGCAUUAUUUUUAGAUAAAUUAUGACCUCCAAAUCGAUAAAAUUUAAUAACUCCAGUAGUGCCACAUAGUGCUCAUCAACCUUCAAGGUUAAGGUAUUCUUCAGCUUCAAGACCAAUCUACAGCAACGAAAUAAUGUCGGACUUUGAGUAUUACUGCGACAAAAAAGCAGUUGCCAAGCGGCACGGAAAUAAACGCGAAGACAUAGAUUCUGAAGAGGAAACAUCUUGUAAAAGGUUGAAGCAGCAGAGACCGCGAAAAACAGCCAAACAUUUAUUUGACGACUCUGAAGACGAAUCAGUUAAUAAACCGUUGAAGCAGAAACCUCGAAAAACGGCCAAACAUUUAUUCGACGACUCUGAAGAGGAAUCAGUUAAUAAACCAACUAAAUCAUCAGCGAAAAAGUCGUCUACCAAACGCAAGUCAGCAGAGAGCUCGAGUGGAGACAAACGAACUCGAACCUCAGGGUGGAAGCUGGACUUGGACGACGACGCGGACGUCGAGAGCAGUCGCGCGCGCAGCCAGCCGGGCCGCCUGCAGUCCGUGCUGACGCGUCGAGUGGCCGACGGAGUCCUACGCCGCACCGCCUCUCUGCCUGGGGAUCUCUUCGUGGAGUUGCGCCUCUACAACGCGGACGAGAUACGAGCUGUGCAGCCGAAAGAUCGUUGGGAGAAGGCGGUACUGUCACUCAAAUACCAAAGCAGCUCUAACGCCGAACAUCUUGACCUACUGCGGCAAUUCGUCACGCGUGCGCGAGAGGCAUUCGAAGAGGACGGGAUGAAGGCGUGCAGACGCCAGCCGAGUUCCUGCGCAGCAUGCGUGCGCGCGUGCGGCAACUCAUACAAGCGCGACAACUAG